AUGGCGGUAUCCUCACUGCCUUGGAACAUUGUUACUUUUUGUGUUUUGGUGCCACUGCUGACGGAUUUUGUAACGCAGGUGAUAGCUGAUAGGAAUUUAAAAGACAAUGGUGUUAGAUUUUCCAGAAUAGAGUUGUACACAGUAACUGUGUUAAAUAUGAAAGAUCGGUUAAAUAAAGCUGUCUUGUGGUGUGGCAUGGUGAAUAGAUGCGGAGAUCUGAUAUUGGAUGAAAUUAAAAGUUAUAUUUUAGCCGUGUAUAUAUUCCUGUCGACUUGUCAGUUAAGACUGUUCAGGCGGCCGGAGAAAAAUCAAAAUUAUGUUCAUUUAUCCGUCCGGCCUGACGUACUCAACGACAAGCCUGAACGUGUGCAUGACGCGGCCGCCUGUUGGGACAUCUGGCUGUCAGGCCAAACAGUUCAGUUUAAUACAGAAGUCGUUACCAUUUCGCGAGAAAGAGAAAACACGUGUUUAGAAGAAUUUAUCGCGAUUUAUCGCAAUGAGUUGUGUCUAUGGCAAGUUAAAUCGAAAGACUAUCACGACCGUGGCAAUAAAGAAGCGGCGUAUUUAAAAUUAAUGGAAAAAAUGAAGGAAAUUGAUCAUUCUUGUACGAAGUCUACUGUUUUAAAAAAAAAUAAUAAUUUGAGGAGUAGUUUCCGAAAGGACGCAAAAACAGUGAAAGAUUCAAUGAGGACGGGAUCAGGGGCAGAUGAAGUUUACCAUCCCAAACUUUGGUAUUAUGAUUUGUUGAAGUUUGUGGAAGACCAAGAAGUCUCUCGAAACUCUCGAAGCAAUAUCUCGGAUGACGAAGAGAGCGAAAAUGAGGGUGGUCCAAAUCGGUUAAAAAAAGUCAUUGGCGCAAACAAAAUUUUGCAAUUUGUAAUCGUUUUGUUGCCAGGGGACGUUCUUAAAAUUAGUCGAUUUCUUUCCAUAAGGGGUGUUCCCAUAAGAGAGCGACAAUUUGGACCACCCUAUACAAUAGUAUUAUUAGUAGUACGAUCCGCUUCCAGAUGGGGGGACGAUGCGCACAUGCUUGCCGUCAAUGGCCCCAAGGCAAUGAGGAAAGUUCCAGAGUUCGUCAAAGCUCUGAAAAAUAGUUCUCCAGUCUUGUUCUAG